AUGUCUGUGGCUUGGCUUUCCACUGAGGACAGUGAUAGGGAGUCCAAAAGGUCUAAGAAGGGGAGCUCACCUGUGUUGGGAUUCUCGGAUGAGGAUAAGAUUGGAACCAUCCAACCCCAUGACGAUGCUUUGGGGCUGAACCUAAAGCCCGAGGAUCUAAUGGCGUAUGAUUCCCUUUUGGUAAGUUUCGAAGGGAAGACUGUCACACCAAAGGGCCAGAUCAGACUGCCCAUACAGGCCGGAUCAGAGGUGGUGGAGGUGGAUUUUAUCGUAGUCGACGCCUACUCACCGUACACGGCCAGAGUGGCCAGACCUUGGCUCCACGCCCUGGGAGCCAUUUCUUCUACGCUUCACCAGAAGGUAAAAUACCCGUCAGAGGGCCGAGUGGAGGAGAUUGGGGGAAAUCAAGCCAUGGCUAGGCAAUGCAUGGUGGCUGCCAUCUCACGCCUAUCUAGUGCAUAA